AUGGAUCCCUUCGCAGACCCUUCUCCCACAAACCCACCAACCCUCCUCCCAGGUUUCUCGCGCGAUACUCCCUGCGACAUAACAAUCUACUGCCACGACCGCACCUUUAAGAGCGUAGACAUCAUCGACUCUACCACCUCCACCCCUCUCUUUUCCGUCACCUCCGCCGGCGCAACCUCAUUCUCCUGGCGCCGCACCCUGNCUCACCCCACCGGCGAAAAACUCUUCGACCUCCGGCACAAAGGCUACGCCAUGAAAAAUGACUGGAGUGUUGAAGACUCUGCCGGAAAGCGUAUCUGCUCACUCAAACAUGUUAAAGGCAUGGAAGCAAGAAAUAGAAGUGUGUUGGAUGCUGUGAUUCAUGGAGAAGGGCCUGCAGAUGAUGUGGGGAAUACGAUUGAGAUUAGGCCUAGGGAUAGAGGUGCAUUGACUACGAGUGUGAGGUGGCAGGGCAAAGAGUUGGGGUUGAUUUUGAAUACGGAAGUUAAUGAUGUGCGUGGGCUGGAGAAGGGGGUGGAUAGGACGGUGUGGAAGGCACAUGUUGAGGCUGGGGUGGAUGUUAGUUUUAUGGUCGUUGCUGUGUUGUGUCUUGCUGAGAUUGAACAUGUCUGGCGACAAUAA